CCUUUCCCCAGCCAUUGCAGCUUUGAUUGGAAUGAGCACCCUAAUUGGUUCCACUUCCUGUCUAAGCUCCACCUUCCUCCUCUUCACCCACGCCUGUCCAAGAAAUAUCCAAACAAUCACUGCUGCACGACUUCUCCGCAACAUCAUCACGCUCCUUACUCCCCAUUUCUUUUCUUCGCAUCCUUCACCUGCAGCAGAACGUUCAUCAACUACAGUCAUCAACCCGUCGACCACUGACAAAAUGACUGAGCCCGAGAACUUUGAAGAGGAUCUAUUCGCCGAUCUUUACGAUGAUGACACCCCAGCAAAGCCCGCAGCUGCUCCGGAAGCCGCGUCCGCCUCCGCGCCUGCCCCCUCCUCUGUGCCUCAGCAAAGCAUCGAAACGCAGGCCGAGCCGCCUGCUCAACCUGAACCAGACUAUGGCGGCGGAGGCGGCGGUGGAGGCGGCGGCGACCAGAUGAAGUACGAAGACGACGAAGACGACGAUGACGUAGACUUCAACCUUGGAGGUGACAGCGCUGGCGGAGGAGGUGGUGGCGGUGGUGGCGGCAGCUACGCUCCUCCCUCGAACGGCGCCGGUAACAUUAAGCACGAGGAACCUACAUACUCCACAAGCACAGCAAAGAACCCAAGUGCCAAGGAAGACGGAAAAAUGUUCAUUGGUGGUCUCAACUGGGAGACUACUGAUCAUUCCCUUCGAGACUACUUCUCUCAAUUUGGCGAGGUUGUCGAGUGCACUGUCAUGAGAGACAGCAGCACUGGUCGGUCAAGAGGCUUCGGUUUUUUGACCUUCAGAGACCCUAAAACAGUCAACAUUGUCAUGGUUAAGGAGCAUUUUCUGGAUGGCAAGAUUAUCGAUCCCAAGCGUGCGAUUCCCCGAGAUGAGCAAGAGAAAACUAGCAAAAUCUUUGUCGGCGGCGUUAGCCAAGAGACUACCGACCAAGAAUUCAAGGACUAUUUCGCUCAGUUCGGGCGUGUUGUUGACGCUACCUUGAUGAUGGACAAGGACACCGGUCGUCCUCGUGGAUUUGGCUUCGUCACAUUCGAGAGCGAAGCUGGCGUCGACGCAUGCUUAAGCACCAGCCUGGAAAUUCACGGCAAGCCAAUCGAAGUCAAGAAGGCUCAGCCACGAGGCAAUCUCAGAGAAGAAGAAGAAGCUGCGCGACGGGGCGGCAAGUUCAAGAAGGGCGAGGACAAUGCUCAGAGUGGACAGAACGGCAUGGGAAGUAGUCAGAUGGCUGCGGCCGGAGGCAUGACGCCGCAGGUUAUGGCUCAAUAUUUCCAGCGGAUGCAGCAGUACUUCGCCAUGAUGCAACAGCAGAUGGCCAUGAGUCGUGGUAUGGGCCCUAUGAACCCGGCGAUGAUGCAGCAGAUGAUGCAAAUGCAACAAAUGCAGCAGAUGCAAAGUCAGAUGAUGGGCCGCGGUGGAGGAGGCAGCAACGGUCAGCAGGGUAUGAUGGGCCAGAUGACGCCUCAGAUGAUGCAGCAGAUGCAGCAAAUGCAGCAACAGAUGCAACAACAGAUGGGACAGCAGGGCGGCCCCCCAUCUGGGCCUAGCGGCAGCUUCAGCCCACAACAGCAGAUGUUCGACCCGUCCCAAGGGGGUCAGCCGCAGCAGCAGCUGCAGCAGCAGCAGCAGCAACAACAACAGCCUAGUCAGGGCCCACGACGGGGCGGCGGUGGCGGCGGUGGAGGUGUCCCCCGCGACCAGUACAACCAAGGGGGCGCCUAUGCCAUGGGUGGCGGUGGUGGCGCUCCUACGUCUUGGGAAGGCAUGUACGACGAUGUUCCUCAGCCCAACCUGAACCAGGGCGGCCGAGGGGGUUACAGAGGCGGGCAUCGCGGUGGUUCCCACAGCGGCGGCUCUCACCAGGGAUCUCCGGAUCCUGCGCACGCUCCGCCUGCCAACGCCCCUACGGGACCGAAGAACGCGGGCAGACCCGGUGCCAACUACCGCGGCGGCGGCCGAAGCGGAAACCGCGGUUUCCAUCCGUACUCGCGUUAAGGUACGGUUGUAUGCAUACAGCUUUGUACUAGACUUCAAAUGGAGCCACUUCCAUGUCCCAAGAGGACACUGGAUGGUAUGUUUUAAUGCGCCUAGGACUUUGCUUCGCCAUCUGAGUAUUCCCGGGCUUGAGGAGUUAUCAAAACAAACCAGAAUAUCGGGCGCCAAAAGAAACCGCAAUUAGGAAGGGGAAGGUUCACUUGGGGGUUCGGUUUGGGUCGGCUGACUUGGCUUACUUCUCCCACGGCUAUUGUUUUCCUUUUCUUUUCUCCCGUUUUCCCUCUUUCUCUGGAAAGUUUGUAUCAUACACCAAAACAGAAGAGAAAAUCAAUGAUUAAUUGGCACUUAUGCUUGUCGAGCUAUCUUGAAGCAGUAACUGA